CCGGCUGGCGUCACGUCGGCAGUCACGUGUGCAAAUUACCGAAGAGCGAGCGUAGUCCUCGGUGGUCCUCGGUACUCCCCGUUAUAAGUUGCGAGAUAUUACUUUUGAUAAAUAAACGGACACGCGGAAGGACAAUGUUGGCGCGCGGCAUGGCAACCAGGUUGACUUGCACACCCGCGCUCCUGAAUUUCACACGUCCGAUGUCUGCUUUCAAAACACGGAAAGUUAAGUGGAAGUACGUGGCGGAUAAUCCCGAGGCGGUGAGAUACGAGGGAGUCACAUAUUUCCCAAGACAUCCAGAUCACGUCGAUCCGCCGUUCGAGCCGAGCAAGUUGUUGCUGGUGAAGCGGGUAAAGCGUUUCUCCGGUAAUCCCUGGUGGGACAAGGAGGUGCUGAAAUGCUUAGGUUUCGUGGAUGAGAAACACGUAAAUGAUCCAGUGAUCGUAAAAAACACGCCAGAGAUUUGUGCCAUGCUCUGGAAGGUGAAGCAUCUAGUAAAGAUCGUUCCCAUAAAGCUGCCCGACAAAAUGCCAACCGCGGACGACCUGAAUGGCACAUAUUUACACGAGAACGGCACGUUUUACGUCGUGCCGAGAAUAGAUCCUGCUCGCGAAGAAGCCAUAAUUAAGUUCGUAAACGAUCCGAAGAAGCUGAAUCGCGAUCUUAUACAAGAGAAACUGAGGCUUAGCUGGUUAAAUGGACAUCUUAUGUAAUAGAUCUUGAAUUACACAAUAAAAAUAAACGCUUAUUGGUAAGUGAUUAAUAUAAAUC